AUGUACUCUAGAGAUUCGGACACGUACAAAUCUACUUCCUCAUACUCGGUAAGGCAGACUGACAGUUCAAAAUUAUCAGAACGAGAUGAUCCCGAAAAUUCGGCGUACGCGGACUCUUCUCCAAGCAACAAUGAAUAUGAAAGUCAACGUGCUGUUGGUGGUGACAUUUUAAACGCAGACAGUCAAUCCCCAAUUAAACGCGAGGACAUUGAUGUAGAUAUAACCGGCGAUGAGCCAUCAGAAGACCAACCAUCCCCACUCAAAUUUGACGACCAAUUCGGCGAAGUGGUUGAUGAGGAAAGAGAUAAAAUACAGAGAUUAAAUAUGCGUCACCCACAUUCUUCGACUGCGGUUAGGGAUUAUUUGAAUAAGACCGUAGUACCUAAUUUAUUGUCAGGAAUGAAGAAAAUGGUUCGCGAAAGACCACAGAAUCCUUGUGAAUUUCUAGGACGAUAUUUGAUCGAACAUUGUGAACAUGAUCAUAAUCUUAAAGAGGAAAAUCAUAAUACAGAACUUCGGAUUAAACAAGAAGAUACUGAUUAUUCACCGCGUGGUCGGCAAAAACGGAGAAGAGGAAGUGGUUCAAGCAUAGAUAAUGUCGGUGAUAUGGAUGUAGAUAAUGAUGUUUGA